UAAAUUAUUAAAUAAAUAAAAAAAAAAAUGGCGCAACAAACAUAUAUUUCUUGCAUAAAAAUUAAUGGUGUUCCUAUUCUUCCACCGAUGAUAACUGAAGAUGUUAGAAAAGAAGUAAAAUAUUAUAAAUAUUUAGCAAUUCAAGUAGAAAAAAGAUUAAAAGCUUUGUACAAUAGAAAAUUUAGUGAAGAAAGUCAAUCCAUAGAAAAUAAUACAGAAGUACAGGAAAUUGAUCAGAAAUUUCAUUUUGGUAAUGAAAAUAUAACUCCUAAUGCAGAGCCUAAUAUCGAUGGAGAUCAAUUAUCUACAAAAAAUACAUAUGAUAUUACAACAAAUGAAAAUGUAGAUAUAUAUGUUCACAAACAAAGUAGUCAUUCAGAAUUAGUACAAGAAAUAUCUUCCAAUCAAAAUAGUGAAACUAAUUUCACAGAAGGGCAGUCAUUUAGUCCAACAUCAACCGUUGUAAGCAUUGAUUCAAUAGAAAGUCUUAUUGAUACAACUAAAUCAAAUGUCGAACAAAAAAUGUUAGAUAAUUGGAAACCUGAAGUGCCUAAAACAUUAAAUAUUGUCCCUAUUACAUUGAAUGAUUCAAAUUCAUAUCAAAAAGAAGAAUUUUCAGUGAUAAAUGAAACAAAUACUAUUAAGCGAACACCAAAAUUAGUGCGUCAGGAUUCUUAUAUUUUGGACACUCCAAGUCCUAUGUUGCUUGCACAUAUGCAAAUAGAAUUAAAUAAUAUCAAUGAUAUUCCUACUGCAGAAUAUAUCCCUACACCUGCAAAAAGUAGUGUGCGACGAAAAGAAUGGAAUAUUGCACAUACAAAAACUGACUGGAUAAGUGAAUUGAAAAAUAAUGAAUUUAAUGCCAUGGAUACUCAGCAGACAUUGAAAAAUUCAAAGUGUAAAAGAAAGAGUUUAUCUAGCAAAAGUAAUUAUAAUUUAUAUAAGACUGAAAGUGAACAAACAAUAUUGGAACCACAAACUCGCAUGUAUCAAACUACAGGAUCUGUAGAUAGUAUUCAAAUGAUGCUUGAGAAAGAAAAUAUUUACAAGCCUGACAUAAAAAAUAAUAAUAAUAAAAAGAAAUAUAGUAUAAGCAAUAAUGACAAAGAAAAUCAUAGGCCACAAGAAUGGAAGGAAAGUAAAAACAUUUCAAUGCUAAAUACGACUAACAAACUAGGAGGCUCACUAGGAAAUCUGCAUGAUAUUGAAACACAAAUGCACAAGAUUAAUGAGUCACAAAUAUUAAAGACAUAUGGACAAAAUGAAAGUUUUGAGGAAGAAAACACAAAUAAUGAUAAGAUAAAUGAGUCAAUAGGAAAAUCUAAGUCUCCCAAUAUAUCUGAGAAAUUAUUGACUAUCUUGAAAGAAAUAGAAGAAGUACAUAAAAGACAGAUGUCUGAAUUAGUCAUUCGGCAACAACAAGAGCAAUCUUCAUUGCAGAAAGAAUUUGAAAAGCAACAAUUACUUUUAUUAGCAGAAAUAAAGAAAUCUUUUCCUGAAAUUUCUUCGUUAAUAGAUGACAAAUAUUUGUCAUCUACUACGUUGGAUCAAGCUGAGUCAAGAAAUAAUUCUAUUUCUAAAGACAUUCCCAUAAAUAAAACGAAACAAGAUAAAGAUUUAAAAGAACUGUCUGUCGUUCCAAAAGACGAUGUAUUAUUGUCACCAAACAAACGUACGUUAAGUCCUAUAUGUCCAGUGAAUUAUAUUUAUUCCAAAAAUGAUUUUAAUGAUACCAAACAACAUUUAAAAUGUUAUGAAUUCAUUCAAUCAUCGCAGAGAGAAUCCAACGAAAUUUCAACGCACGAAUACAAUUGUACAUUGAUUAAAAAUAAAGAAAUACAAGAAAAUACGAAUAAGAAUGAAAUGCGUGAUUAUAAUACAAGCGUAAUAAAUGAGAAUAAAAAGUCUACAAUUAGUCGUCGAUUAUUUCCAUUAGACUGUAAAACCGUACAUGUUCCCAUCAUUGACAGUUCUAUGUACGCAGAGAAACACAUACAAGCUGCAUCUAUUAUCAAUGCAUAUACACGGGGGUAUUUAGUACGCAGGUUAUUUAAAACAAAUCGUGUGAUCACUUUAAAAAAUACAUACAAAGAAGCAUUGAAAUGUAUGCUUAAACUACAUGUUGAUGCACCUCUUGAUUUAUCAGAACUGCAUUUUUUACGUCGUUUACAAUUACAGUGUGAUGCAGCAUCCAUGAAUAUAGUGGAAUUAUUUUCUCAAAGUCCUGCAUACAAAAUGAAAAUUAUAGCGCAUGAUCGUGAAAUUAAACGGUGUCGCACUGAACGUCCAACUUCAGCACGAUCAUACUCAUUUGCUACCCAGAGGACCCUAGCAAGGAAAAAGCUCAAAGAGAUGAAAGAUUACAAAUCACCAAUUAUAACUCAAUUACAUUCAUCUAGAGUUAGAUGCCAAACUUGGACUUCUGAAAUUUCGCAGCAUCUUAUAUCGCCAAAUACGCAUCACACUAUUAAAAGAAGUACUAGUGCAGGAACAGUUAGGAAACCAUGGAGAUGAAAUAAGAUCACCGUGCCUUUAAAUGUUACUUCCAGAUAUUCUUUGUACAAAUCAUAAUCUUGUAAAUAUUAUUUUGCCUGGGGUGCCUAUAUUUUUAAUAAAUUUAUUUCAUAUG